AUGAAGUUUUGACCACGAAAGAGGACAGUUCUGGCUUUGGACCCGAUAGAGUGUGGACAUGGUUUGGACAGAAAGACCUAGUUACUUAGCUCGAAGAUAGAGAGACGCAACGUCAAGGUAACUGAAGAAAAAACACGAGGCAUCGGAAAGAAAAGACACGAGGCAUCGGAAAGAAAGGAUACGAAGCAUCGGAAAGAAAGGACACGAAGCAUCGGAAAGAAAGGACACGAAGCAUCGGAAAGAAAGGAGACGAUGCAUCGGACAUAAAGGACAACGAGACAUCGGAAAGAAAGGAGACGAUGCAUCGGAAAGAAAGGACACGACGCAUCGAAAAGAAAGGACAACGAGGCAUCGGAGAGAAAGGACACAAGGCUUUGCAAAUAAAGGACAACGAGGCGUCGGAAAGAAAGGAGACGAGGUAUCAAAAAGAAAUGACACGAGGCAUCGGACAGAAAAUACACGAAGCAUCGGAAAAAAAGGACAACGAGACAUCGGAAAGAAAGGAGACGAUGCAUCGGAAAGAAAGGACACGAGACAUCGGAAAGAAAGGACACGAGGCAUCGGAAAUGAAGGACAACGAGGCAUCGCAAAUAAAGAACAACGAGGCAUCGGAGAAAAAGGACACAAGGCAUUGCAAAUAAAGGACAACGAGGCGUCGGAAAGAAAGGAGACGAGGCAUCAAAAAGAAAUGACACGAGGCAUCGGAAAGAAAAUACACGAAGCAUCGGAAAGAAAGGACACGAUGCAUCGGAAAGAAAGGACACGAUGCAUCGGAAAGAAAGGACACAAAGCAUCGGAAAGAAAGGACACGAAGCAUCGGAAAGAAAGGACACGAAGCAUCGGAAAGAAAGGACACGAAGCAUCGGAAAGAAAGGACACGAAGCAUCGGAAAGAAAGGACACGAAGCAUCGGAAAGAAAGGACACGAAGCAUCGGAAAGAAAGGACACGAAGCAUCGGAAAGAAAGGACACGAAGCAUCGGAAAGAAAGGACACGAAGCAUCGGAAAGAAAGGACACGAAGCAUCGGAAAGAAAGGACACGAAGCAUCGGAAAGAAAGGACACGAAGCAUCGGAAAGAAAGGACACGAAGCAUCGGAAAGAAAGGACACGAAGCAUCGGAAAGAAAGGACACGAAGCAUCGGAAAGAAAGGACACGAAGCAUCGGAAAGAAAGGACACGAAGCAUCGGAAAGAAAGGACACGAAGCAUCGGAAAGAAAGGACACGAAGCAUCGGAAAGAAAGGACACGAAGCAUCGGAAAGAAAGGACACGAAGCAUCGGAAAGAAAGGACACGAUGCAUCGGAAAGAAAGGACACGAUGCAUCGGAAAGAAAGGACACGAAGCAUCGGAAAGAAAGGAGACGAUGCAUCGGAAAGAAAGGACACGAUGCAUCGGAAAGAAAGUAAACGAAGCAUCGGAAAGAAAGGACACAAAGCAUCGGAAAGAAAGGACACGAAGCAUCGGAAAGAAAGGACACGAUGCAUCGGAAAGAAAGGACACGAGACAUCGGAAAGAAAGGACACGAUGCAUCGGAAAGAAAGGACACGAUGCAUCUGAAAGAAAGGACACGAAGCAUCGGAAAGAAAGGACACGAAGCAUCGGAAAGAAAGGAGACGAUGCAUCGGAAAGAAAUGACACGAAGCAUCGGAAAGAAAAUACACGAAGCAUCGGAAAGAAAGGACACGAAUCAUCGGACAGAAAGGACACGAAGCAUUUUACCUAUAUUUUUAUGAUCGAUAAAGAAAACCUAUAAUCUUAUUCAUACCAAAAGUGCAUAUCAUGAAUGAAAAAAUACAUGUUUAUAACAUAUUAUUUUA